UCCGACUCGACCUGAUAUCCAAAUUGCCGACCCUAAAAAUUUGAAAGGCACAAAAACAAAAGCAAAUUGUGAAGGAAAAGAUGAAGCGAAGCGACUCCCAGUCCCAGAAGAGUUGAUGGCAAUGACAUUGCCUUCUUAGAGUUUUGAAGGAUUCAACUUCUUCUGGAAUUCGUGUCGCUUUUCUCGGUUCCAUUUUAUCACCAAAUUUUGAAAAACAUUAUCUGUAGAUGCAGCAAAUGGAGGAAGUGGACAUUGAUUCAGUAUUGGACAUGCCCAACACUGUCGAUAAGCUAUCUGUACAGCAAAUGAACAGAUGGGAUUAUGUUGAACAAGAAAGUAAAAUUUCAGUGCUUAGUCAUUUGAGAGGUUCUAAUACUGCAGGCAAAGAAUCUUUGGAUACGCUAAGGAGAAGAGGUAGGUUGGUUGUUGAAAAAGGACACAACCGAAAACAUUAUAUACACCCACGAAAACUUUCAGGUAGUGUUGAUGAAAUUGAACAUAGGAAAAACACCAUUAUCUUAUCCCCCCUAGAGAAUUCUCAAGCAAAUGCUCCUUUAUUUGGGAAAACUGCAGUGGAGAGAAGCAGGAAUUCCAUUACAGAGCACAUGGAUAAAGGAAAAGCUCCUUGCUCUAAGUUGCCUUUUAAGUCAUCUGUAUUCCAAGAAAAUCAUGCUGUUAUAGAUUUAACUGAAAAGAAAAUGUACAAUCAAAUACCUGAAAGGCCAUUUCCACAAGGUGGAUCAACAAAUCACUUAGCUGAAGGAAGAAAAGAAUGUCAGCUACCAAGAAUUGGUGGUUCUUUCUUUCAUAACUCUGCAGACAGUUCUGCAAAAUCCAGAAAUAACUGCAAAGGAAAGGAGAAAAUAGAUGGCAUAGAAUUUAAAAGUGUAGGGUUGGUUAUGGAUCGUGGAAAAGGGGUGGAUCCUUCCCAUGGGUCCCCACGUAGAAUGGAAAAACAAUUGCCUGCAUCUCACCGUUCUUUUGUCUCGCCAAGAGCAGUUGGGAGAAAAAAAUUGGUUCAAAAUGGCUGUAUCUCUCCCCAGAAUAUAGCUAUCUGGGACAAGACACUGGAAAUUAACAAACAAUCCCUAAACAGCUUUAAAGUUGAACAAAAUUUUGGGAAUGUGGCUAGCUAUGGUAAAGGAAAAGGAGUUGUUUAUUCUCACACACCUAAGGAGCAUGAAACCAAUUUCAUUAAUUUAUCUGGGAGUCCUAUAUAUAACAAUAUGGAAGCUAAUGGUUUUGGUGAUUCAAAUAGAGAUGCAUGCUUUGAAGAAAAAGGUGGCUGGAGAAGCACACACUACCACUCAGACAAUGCAGAUCAGGCAGUUGGACAUCAUUUCAGCAGAUUUAAUAAUAUACGAUCCCAAGUGAGUCAACAAAAUGAAAAUAUUGUUGUGAAAAGAGAUAAUGCUAGUGGAGGAAACAAUAGGACCACAUGUGAUGGUCCGGAAAGUCAUGAUGCAACUGAAAAAGCUGGUGUGAUUGUCUCAAAAUUCAACCAAAGAAGUGAACCUUCUAGUGCAAAAAACAUACUGCCUAAAAGGCAAACAAAACAUGUAUUGAACUCAAGAAAUAGUGGUUUUGGUGAUUCAAAUAGAGAUGCAUGCUUUGAAGGAAAAGGUGGCUGGAGAAGCACACAUUACUGCUCACAUAAUGCAGAUCAGACAGUUGGACAUCAUUUUAGCAGAUUUAAUAAUGUACGAUGCGAAGUGAGUCAACAAAAUGAAAAUAUAGUUGUGAAAAGAGAUAAUGCUAGUGGAGAAAAGAACAGGACUGUAUGUGAUGGUCCAGAAAAUCAUGAUGCAACUAAAACAGCUCCUAUGAUUGUCUCAAAAUUCAACUACAUAAGUGAACCUUCUCAUGCAAAAAACAUGCUGCCUAAAAGGCAAACACAACAUGCAUUAAACUCAAGAAAUAGUGAUGAAAGUGCUAGGGUCAUUCCUAAUGACUCAGACAUUGUGUUUCUUGGUUCAUCUAGGAAGUCAUCUAGUUCAAGGUCAUCUAGAAUUAAUGGGAAACAUCUGGAUGUUUUGGAUCUUUAUGAGUCAUCUGAAAUUAGAGGGGAAAAUUCCAAUAAUAUGGAGAAUGGAAAUGAUGAGGACUCCGAGGAUAGGUUAAGACAAAUUGAAGCAGAUGAAAUGUUGGCCCGUGAACUGCAAGAACAAUUAUAUCAUGAGGUUGAUGGAGACAUUGCAUGGGCACUUCAGCUGGAGGAGCACACACUCAAUCCAACUAUUCAGAAUAUCCAAGAGCCAGAUCAUAUAGGCUCAACAAGGCAUUAUCGUACCCAGUCUCCAUUCCCGACUUUUCAGGAUUCUUCUAAUUGGAUUGCUCGUUUCCCUACUGAUAGACUGCCAUGGUUAAGGAGUCGAGUUUUGGAUCAACUGCGAGUGACAUUGUCUAGGACUAGGAAUUUUCAAUCUUCUUUGGGCAUGGAUUUGGAUAUGAGACUUGAUAUAUUGGAAGCCAUGGAGGCUGUAAUUGGAGAUGCUGAUGGCAUGGGAAUGGCUAGUCAAAUUUUCCAAGUUCAACAUGAUUUUAAUGAAAAUGAUUAUGAAAUGCUGUUGGCCCUUGAUGACAAUAAUCAUCAGUAUGGUGGUGCGUCUAUUAAUCAGAUUAACAGUUUACCAUUAUCCAAAGUGCAGACUAAUAACUUUGAAGAAGCUUGCGCUGUAUGCCUUGAAACCCCUGCAAUUGGAGAUACCAUUCGUCAUCUUCCUUGUCUACAUAAAUUUCACAAGGAUUGUAUUGAUCCAUGGCUCAGCAGAAAGAAAUCAUGCCCGGUUUGCAAGUCAUCUAUAACUUGAAUGGGGGUAUUAUCAUGCAUGAUGGUAAAAAUGUCUUAAGGAGAUUUGACCGACACAAACAAAAACUAGUAGGGAACAGGAAGCUUGAUGAGAGAACUGUUAAAAGGUAAUGAAAGGUCCUUUUAUUUUGUAUUUUGUCGAAAGCUGAUAUUAUUUUUGAAUUUUCCACUACACCUCCCCAUUUGAAAGGCAUUUAUUUUCAGCCAUAUUUGCAAGUGUAUCAUUGCUCCUCUGCCUUCUGUUCACAUUUUAUUUUCCUUGUAUAUCUCAUUUGAGAAGUGAGAGGAAUAUAUUUAUGGAAUAACAUAAAGUAUAUGUACAAGUAAAUACUACAAUCGAUUUGUUAAGAAAUAAAUUAUACAGAAUUAUAAAUAA